UCAUCAAGCCCUACAUUUGAGAGCAAUGUGUGUGUGUUUAGCUACACAAUCAAAUUGUUUGUGUUUUCUUAACUCAUCAAACCAUGUGGGAACAACAGAAAUGUGUCUACCAGCGGAUACUCGAGUUUCACAGACUCUCAGAUUUUCUUUGGGUCUCAGUUUUGGCCUGAAAAUUCUCAAGGCACAUCUCAAGAUAUGAGUUUGUCAUCCAGGACCUCCCAACAAAGUUCACAAGAGGGAAGUGAUCCAAAGUUUUCAAGCAAUUAUCACACUAAACCUCUCCUGUUUGGAGAUUUCAAAGACAAGAGCAAAGCUUUUGGAACACUGGAUAAAUUUGAGGAGGACAAGAGAAGGGCAAAAGAAAAAACUGACAGUGACAUAUUAGCCAAAGAAUGUAGCCAUUUUCGGGAGACUCUCAACAAUAUCCAACAGCUGGUCGCUGGCACAGAGAGAAAUAUGUCUGUGUGCCAAACAGUCCUGCAAAAAUUUGACAAUUUUGCAUCAACAUGUAAGUUUACUAAUUAAUUUAUGUAUUUUUUUGUUAACAUCUUUGAAUUUAGAGCUGUUUUUUGCACACUUAAGA